AUGAAUAUGCCACUGCAUAUCUCUGUCAUCCCCCGUGAUGUCACCUCGUCGCGGGUGUCGGGCAGUGGGAAAACAAAAGACAAGGACAAGCAGAAUGAAAAACCUCUGGGUCAUUCAGCAAGCAGGUCCAGCAACAUAUCAAAGGCUGGCAGCCCGACUUCAGUCAAUGCUCCAUGCAGUUUUUCAAGGACAUCAGUUUCCCCCUCGAGCCAGGACAUCUGCAGGUACAAACCUCUUCAGCCUCGCGUUCACAAUCCGGACGUUCUGAAGCAGACCACGGUGGUUCUGCUGAACUCAAACGGUAAAAGCUGUUCAGAUGGGAUUUCAGUGACCACCGUCUGCACGAACGCUACGCCGGCCUCAAAGUUCACCAAACAGCGAGACUGGCUCUCUCUACUCCGUCCAGCCCCCGUCAGCAUCCCACCCCGCAGCUCGCUCAGGUUUUCCCUGUCGCUGAACGAUGUGGGCCAGCGUGUGGACAGUCUGUGCCGCGGGCUGCACUUCAUCGAUCGCACGUGCUCCGAGGGAGAGCUGGAUGUGAAGCCUGAACCCGAUCAGAGUUCUGACUUCGAGCGAAAGGUGCACACGCUCAAUGGCAAUCAGGUCACCGCCCCCGCGCACCAGAACCAAAACGCUCCGCCUUCAAAACACACGCACCUCAUCCCCUCCCUCACCAACGACUACAAUUACAUGUUGAGCAUCCCCUCCAGCAGCUGUCUUCCAUCCGACCCGACCGCCACCACUCCCUUUAUUCCUAACGUGCACCUUCAGCCUCCUCCCGCCCCGGGCCCGCACUUCCUCCGUCGUCUCCUCCCCUUUUCUCGAUCCUCUACCUCGGCCAGCCUGCAGUGUUCCGAGCUGGGCAGCUACGCUUCCCACCUCCACAUCGCCAAGUCCUCUAGCACUCUGCUGGAAGGCACCGAGUCACGCUUCCCCUCCGACGACCCGCUGGGAGACGACGACGUGUUUGAGGAGGAUCAAUCCAGAUCAUCUUCGAGGAGAACAAAGCGGCCACCGACCCAAGGAACGGUCAGCGUGUUGGGGUCGGGUUUUCCCCUAGCCCCCCUGUGCUAUAUGGAUGAGGACAAUGACCUGGAGUGCUGCUCAUCCCCUUUGUCUGAAAAAACACCGCUCUCACCCUUUUCUGUAACCGGGGACUGCUGCAGGAUUUGUCACUGUGAAGGGGAUGAGGAGAGUCCUCUGAUCACACCGUGCCACUGCACAGGCAGCCUGCGUUUUGUCCACCAGGCCUGUCUGCAGCAGUGGAUAAAGAGCUCCGACACGCGCUGCUGUGAGCUCUGUAAAUACGAGUUCAUCAUGGAGACGAAGCUCAAACCACUGCGCAAGUGGGAGAAGCUACAGAUGACGGCGAGCGAGAGGAGGAAGAUCAUGUGUUCGGUAACCUUCCAUGUCAUCGCCAUCACCUGCGUGGUGUGGUCACUCUACGUUCUUAUCGACAGAACAGCGGAGGAAAUCCGUCUAGCCGGAAGAAUCCCAGGAAUCCUAGAAUGGCCUUUCUGGACCAAGCUCGUGGUGGUGGCCAUCGGCUUCACGGGCGGACUGGUUUUCAUGUACGUCCAGUGCAAAGUCUACAUCCAUCUAUGGAAAAGACUCAAGGCUUACAACCGGGUCAUAUACGUGCAGAACCGGCCAGACACGUGUAAAAAGCUGGCGCUGGAGAAGCCGCCUCUCCUGGAGCCGAAUCUGGAGAACAAGGAGGCGCUGGCCCUCACCCAGUCAGACACAAACUCCUCCCAGCACACAGAGACUGACGAAUACAGUAUGGAGGUGCUCCACGUCUGACAGCGAGUCCAUUUCAUUGCCUGUCCUGCUCAUGCACACACAAACGGUGACGAGUAGCAGUCGU